AUGAAAGUUAAAGUCCUCUCGAGGAACCCGGAUAAUUAUGUCCGGGAGACCAAACUGGAUAUUCAGCGUGUCCCUAGAAACUAUGACCCAACACUCCAUCCUUUUGAGGUGAGCAGAGAGUACACCCGGGCUCUCAAUGCUACGAAGCUUGAAAGGGUGUUUGCCAAGCCUUUCCUGGCCUCUCUGGAUGGACACAGAGAUGGGGUGAACUGCAUGGCCAAGCACACCCAGAGCCUCUCCACCCUGCUCUCUGGCUCCUGCGACGGGGAGGUGAGAGUGUGGAAUCUGACCAAACGUGAAUGUGUCCGCACGCUUCAGGCACAUGAGGGUUUUGUCCGGGGAAUGGUUGUCCGUUAUUGUGGAACGUCCUUCUUUACGGUUGGCGAUGACAAAACAAUCAAGCAAUGGAAAAUGGAGGCACCAGGUUACGGCGAGGAAGAGGAGCCGCUCAACACUAUUCUGGGCAAGACGGUCUUCACAGGACUGGACCAUCACCAGAGGGAGGGUGUGUUUGCAACGUGUGGCCAGCAGGUGGACAUCUGGGACGAGCAGAGGAGCAGCCCGGUCCGCUCUUUCACCUGGGGCGUAGACAGCUUCAGCUCUGUCCGCUUCAACCCCGUGGAGACUGAACUUCUUGCAAGCUGUGCCUCUGACAGAAGUGUAGUGCUGUAUGACAUGAGAGAAUCAGCGCCACUUAAAAAGGUUAUUAUGACAAUGAGGAGCAACACAUUAUGCUGGAACCCGAUGGAAGCCUAUUACUUCACCUGUGCAAAUGAGGACUACAACCUCUACACAUAUGACAUGAGGUACCUGGACCGGCCAGUCACAGUGCACAUGGACCAUGUCUCUGCAGUGCUGGAUCUUGACUAUUCUCCCACUGGGAAGGAAUUUGUAUCUGGCAGUUUUGACAAAACCAUCCGGAUCUUCCCCAAGGACAGUGGUCACAGCAGGGAAGUCUACCACACCAAACGCAUGCAGCACGUCAUCUGCAUAAAGUGGUCAGCAGACAACAAAUACAUCCUGAGCGGGUCCGACGAAAUGAACAUCCGACUGUGGAAAGCCAACGCAGCUGAGAAGUUAGGAGUGCUGGCCCCCAGAGAGAGAGAGGCCAUCAACUACAGUCAGAAGCUGAAGGAGAAGUUCCAGCACCACCCACAGAUCAGACGCAUCGCUCGCCACCGACAUCUACCCAAGAACAUCUACCACCAGAGCAAGGAGCUGAGGAUUAUGAAAGAGGCUCGCCGUAGGAAGGAGAAGAAUGUCCGCAUGCACAGCAAACCAGGAACUGUCCCCGUGGUGUCUGAGAAGGAGAAGCAUGUUGUGACUGUGGUCAAAUAGACCACUGAAGGGCUGCCAUUAAGAGAUGAGGUGGAGCCCAAGAUCACACCCACAUGGGACAUGUUCAGACUGCUCUCACUCAAGAUUAAAAAAAAAAAAAAAAAGUCUUCAUUUGUCAGUUGUGGGAAGGACAAGUGACCACUCACGCAUCGUUUAAAGUACAGAGACACUGUAAAUACAUACAAACAACAAAUCUUGUAAAAGAAUCCUUUUUUUCUGCCACUUUUGUGGCAUUCUGUGACAUUCUGCUUUGAAUGUGUAGAUCAAUCUAAAUAAAGUUUAAGAAAGGUUGAUUAUUACAACCACCACUUGCAAUCCAGCAGUGUCUGAAAGGACAAGUGUUCUGUUAAGAAUUGCCACACUCCCACAACCUGAGAGCUUGCUGUCACCGCCUCAUCCUGGCUAUAUGUGAUCAUUCUCCAAGAAGACUUGUGUUUUGUAGUUUCAACAUGAUACAUUGUACAAAUGUGGCUAAAAUUAGACACAUUGGAAUAGUCCCUCUAUGAUCCAGUCUCUCACGGUGCUGAACUCAGUAGUGCGCAUGUAAAAGUGAUGGCUAAAGUAGCUAUGAAAAAAACAGAGCUUGAGGGUGAAGUUCAGACCCGUUGUAACUUUCUACUGCACACCUGGCCAAUUGCUCCAUAAGGUGGCCGUGAUUUCAGUAAGUUAAUGUUAAACGAUCUGAAGAAGAUUUCUUUUAAAGCAUACUCACACCUUAAGGAAUAUUUGGAAAGUGUUUUAUAUCUGAACGUUUUGUUUUCUGCUUUUAGUUAUUGUACUGGACAUGGAAACACAGGUUUGUUAAAUAACCAUCCUGAAGGGCAGAUGUUUUGGCUUACUAGCAAAAAAAGUGUCAUCAGUUUUACUGUUUCUCCCCUCAGUUUUGAAAUAUCUAAUAACCUAUGGGCUAGGUAACAUUGUUAGAGCGCAUAAUAAUCUCAAUCUGUAUGUAUAUGGGACUGACACUGUUUGUUGAUGUGUAUUUAUAUAUAAAAAAAAAAGAUGUAUCUGUU